AUGGCAGCCCCAAGGACUUUGAGGGAGUUGGCAACUCCUAACGUGAACCAACAGCCAUUAUGCAUUACAUUUCCUAACACGGAAGAGGCAUUUGAGCUUAAAUCUGGUCUUAUUCACUUACUUCCUACUUUUCGUGGUAUUGCAGGUGAAAACCCACAUAAACACUUGAAAGAAUUUCAUGUGGUGUGCUCCACAAUGAAACCUCAAGGAGUCACUGAGGACCACAUCAAGUUGAGAGCCUUCCCUUUCUCUUUGGCAGAUAAGGCUAAAGAUUGUUUAUUUUACCUGCCAUCAGGAUCCAUCACUACGUGGGAAGACUUGAAGAGAAGAUUCCUCGAGAAAUUUUUUCCUGCCUCUAGAGCUGCCAAUAUAAGGAAAGAAAUAUGUGGAGUUAGGCAGGCAAAUUGGGAAAUUCUUUAUGAGUACUGGGAGCGCUUUAAACAACUAUGUGCCAACUGCCCGCAUCAUCAAAUCUCUGACCAACUCUUAAUACAAUAUUUCUACGAGGGAUUAUCACCCAUGGAUAGGAGCAUGUUAGAUGCAGCCAGUGGCGGUGCUCUGGUUAACAAAACCACAGACAAAGCCACGUUAUUGAUCUCCACCAUGGCUGAAAAUUCUCAACAAUUUGGAGUGAGAGCUGAUGGAGCAAUAAGAAGGGUCAAUGAAGUGAAUCACUCUGACUUAGAGGGUAAACUGUAUGAGCUUACCUCUCUGGUGCGUCAAAUGGCAAGGGGGCAAUUACAAUCUGUGAAGACUUGUAGUAUCUGUGCUGCUUCCGGACACGUGACUGACAUGUGCCCAACUCUCCAGGAGGAUUCACCUGAACAAGCCAACAUAGUGGGAGAUUUUUCUGGACCACCUCCACGAAGGAAUGAUCCUUUUGCACCCACUUACAACCCAGGGUGGCGAAAUCAUCCUAACUUUAUCUAUGCUUCAAAACCCCCUGGUGUUCAACAAUAUUUCCAACCACGGCCACCAGUGCAACAACCAUCCACUUCCAAUUCAAACAUGACUCUUGAAGAUAUGGUGAAGUCACUGGCUCAAAGCACCAGUCAAUUGCAACAGGAGUCUCACAGAUUUCAACAAGAGACUCGUGUUAGCAUUAGGAAUUUGAAAGCACAAAUGUCCCAAUUAGCAACUUCCAUGAGCAACCUGGAAAAUAGCAAUAGGGGGAAGUUACCAUCUCAAGUAAUUCCUAAUUCCAAGGAGAAUGCCAGUGCAAUGCAAUUACGGAGUGGCAAGGAGGUACAGUCUCCUAGGCAUGCCCACGCUAGAGAAGAAGAAGUGUCCAGGAAGGUGGAAGAGGAAGAAGAGAAACAAUCCUCCGAAGUCUCAAAGAAAGUUGACAUUCCUCCUCCUUUUCCUGGCAGGUUUACAAAUGCUAAAAAGGAAGAAUCUGAGAAAGAGAUUUUGGACACUUUCAGAAAAGUGGAGAUCAAUAUUCCUUUGCUGGAUGCGAUUAGGCAAUUGCCUAAAUAUGCUAAAUUUUUGAAGGGUUUAUGCACUAAUCGCAAUAAAUUGAGUUUGGAUGACAAGGUGAAGGUGAGGGAGAAUGUCUCAGCGAUGUUUCAAAGGAAGUUGCCCCAGAAAUGCAAGGAUCCAGGACCCCUCAAAGAAACUAGAGUAAUCAUUCAACUAGCAGAUAGGUCUAAUGUCUACCCUGAGGGUCUAGUUGAAGAUGUUCUAGUAAAGGUCAAUGAAUUCAUUUUUCCUGCGAAUUUUUACAUUGUUGAUAUGAAUGAUGAAUACUCUACUAACUCAGUAGUGAUUCUUUUGGGUAGACCCUUCAUGAGUACAACAAGGACUAAAAUAGAUGUACAUGAAGGGACUUUAUCUGUGAAAUUUGACGGAGAGAAGGUCACUUUCAAUAUUUUUGAUGCAAUGAAGCAUCCUGUGGAUACUGAGUCUGUAAAUUUUGUUGGCAUGACUAACACCAUUGUGCAAGAGAAUUUUGAACAGAAUUUCAUGGGGGACAAGUUGGACUUUGUCUUACAACGAAGCAAGACCAAUUUGGAAGUGGAUGACAUGGAGGAGGAGGAAGUCAAAGAAGCUAUCAUGUCCUUACAUUCACUACAUCCGCUUCCAGGCAGGUUUGAAAAUUCUUUUCUACCAUUACCCACUUCUAAUGAAAGAAUUCUACCUUCUGUUCAACAGGCACCUAAUAUGGAAUUGAAGGAACUGCCCGAGCAUUUGAAAUAUGCUUACUUGGGAGAUAACAAGACUUUGCCUGUAAUCAUUGCCAAUGAUUUAAAUGCGUUGCAAGAAGAGAGGCUCUUAAUGGUCUUACGGGAAUUUAAACCAGCAAUUGGAUGGACGUUAGCAGACAUCAAAGGCAUCAAUCCAUUCAUUUGCAUGCAUCACAUCCUUUUGGAGUCGGACGCAAAACCCGUGAGAGAGCAUCAACGCAAGCUCAAUCCUGCAAUGAAGGAGGUGGUGAUGAAAGAGAUUCUCAAGCUCUUAGAAUUAGGAAUUAUUUUUCCUAUUUCUGACAGCCAGUGGGUAAAUCCAGUCCAUGUUGUUCCCAAGAAGACUGGAAUCACAUUGGUGAAAAUUGAAAAGAAUGAGUUGGUGCCAAGGAGAUUGCAAAAUGGGUGGAGAAUGUGCAUUGACUUUAGGAAGUUAAAUGCCGCAACUAGGAAAGACCACUUUCCACUCUCAUUUAUUGAUGAAAUACUUGAGAGGUUGGCAGUAUAUGGUGAUUCUUUUGAUCAGUGCCUAGACCAUUUAACAAAGAUUUUGAAAAGAUGCAUUGAAACAAACUUGGUUCUUAAUUAUGAAAAAUGUCAUUUCAUGGUUAAGGAAGGCAUAGUUUUGGGCCAUGUUGUUUCAUCAAGGGGUAUUGAGGAGGUACCAUUCAACUUUGGAGAUGAUUACAAAUUGUCCUUUGACACACUCAAGGGAGCUGUGCUUGGACAGCGGAGUGGGAAGUGUAGUCACGUGAUAUACUAUGCGUCAAAAACAUUGACACCAGCUCAAUGCAACUACACCACCACGGAGAAGGAGCUUCUAGCCAUUGUUUUCGCUUUUGAGAAAUUUAGAUCAUAUCUAUUGGGGUCAAAAGUAACGGUUUACUCUGAUCGUGCAGCUUUGAAGUAUCUCCUGUCAAAAAAAGAGUCCAAGCCAAGACUUAUUCGUUGGGUGCUCUUGCUGCAAGAAUUUGACUGGGAGAUCAAGGAUCGGAGAGGGGUGGAUAAUUCGGUAGCUGAUCAUUUGAGUAGGUUGAUAAGAAAAGAGGAAGCAGUUCCCAUAUCUGAGGUAUUUCCUGAUGAACAUCUUUUCUAUCUCAAAGGUAAGGAACCUUGGUAUGCAGAUAUUGUGAACUUUUUGGUCAGUCAUAAAUUUCCUAUUGGCAUGAGUAAGAGUAAGAGGGAUAAGAUAGUCCAUGAUUCUCGAUACUAUAUUUGGGACGAGCCAUAUCUGUGGAAAAUAGGCUCUGAUCAAAUUAUUCGUAGAUGUGUACCUGAAAGUGAAACUCCUUCUAUCCUUGCUCAUUGUCAUAAUUAUGCAUGUGGUGGCCAUUUUGGACCUAAGAGAAAUGCUAGAAAAAUCCUUGAUUGUAGCUUUUAUUGGGAAACAUUAUUUAGUGAUGCUUAUGCAUUUUGUAAAAGCUGUGAAAAAUGUCAAAAAUUUGGAAGUUUGUCUCAUAGGGAUGAAAUGCCUCAAGUGCCUAUGUUAUUUUGUGAAGUGUUUGAUGUUUGGGGUAUGGAUUUUAUGGGACCUUUUCCUAACUCUUUUGGAUGUUUGUAUAUUCUGUUAGCAGUUGACUAUAUAUCGAAAUGGGUAGAAGCAAAGGCUACCCGGACUAAUGAUUCUCAAGUUGUUGUAGGAUUUCUCAAAUCCCACAUUUUCAGUAGGUUCGGGGUGCCGAGAGCCAUCAUCAGUGAUCAAGGUACCCAUUUCUGCAAUCGCACCAUUGCAGCUCUCAUGAGAAAAUAUGGAGUGCACCAUCGUGUGAGUACAACAUAUCAUCCUCAGACCAAUGGACAAGUUGAAGUCUCCAAUCGAGAGAUCAAGAGCAUAUUGGAGAAAACAGUUAACCUUAACCGUAAGGAUUGGAGCUUGCGAUUGGAUGAUGCUUUGUGGGCAUAUCGAACAGCGUAUAAAACGCCCAUUGGAAUGUCCCCAUAUAGGUUGGUGUUUGGUAAGAUGUGCCAUUUAUCUGUGGCUAUUGAGCAUUGUGCAUUCUGGGCAGUCAAGCAAUGCAAUUUGCAUGCGGAUAGAGAUGGCAAAGAGAGAAAGCUCCAACUCCAGGAGUUUGAGGAAAUUCGUCUUGAAGCAUAUGACAAUGCACGUUUGUACAAAGAGCGUACCAAGCAGUUUCAUGACCGCCUAUUGCGUGCGAAACAUUUUUCCCCAGGACAAAAGGUACUCUUGUUCAAUUCACGGUUGAAAUUCAUGCCAGGUAAGUUAAAAUCCCGUUGGAUUGGACCAUAUGUGGUAGUCAAUAUCUUUCCCAAUGGUGUGGUUGAAAUCCAGAGUUUAGAGACCAAUAAGAGUUUUACGGUUAAUGGUCAUCGUUUAAAACCGUUUGUUGAUGUUUCAGACAUUGGCACUGUGGAAGAGGUACACUUGAUAGAUCCUAUCUAUGCCUAA